UAUGAAGUUUACCACAGCAAAGUUAACUGGAUGUUGGUUCCAUUUCAACCAAGCUGUACUGCGUAAAUGGCGAAAACAACGUCUUUCAAAUGUUCCAAAAACUGUACUUUCCAUGGCAAUGGCAUUACCUUUAUUACUACCACAUAUGUUUCAAGAAGCUUUAUUCAUUAUACAAGCUGAAGCCGAUUUACUUUCUCGUGAAUAUCCAGAUAUUUUACAAUUCACAUCCUAUUUGAGACUUUUCUGGUCAAAUAUGGCAUCGAAAAUUAGUACUUAUGGUUGUCCUAUACGUACUAACAACAUAGUUGAAAGUUUCCAUAAUAUUGCAGGACAGAAACUAGGCACAAAUAAUAUUAACAUUUGGACGUUUCUAGAAAAAUUAUCAAAUUUAAUUACCGAUCAAGAACUGGAUUUUCGUCGCUUAAAAAAUGAUGUUAAACCUCGACGAAGUCACACACGGACAAAUAGAGAACGAGAUAUGAAAAUUACUAACGCGCAAAGAGACUUAUUGUUAGUUAAUAAAAGGUUACCACUAAAAGACUUUUUACUCAUGUUUACCACGAAUUUUCAAAUGGAACAAGUGACGUUAUUUGAAGAUGCUGAGUCAUCAAGUGAUAUUAUUUUACAAGCCGCAGAUAUAGAGUUGUUCACAGAUAAUUUAAAUGAAACAUUUCAGACAGGCAGACAAAAUAACCCUAGACACAGAAGAUCUCGACCUAAACAAAUAAAUUCAUCUAGCCGAAGAGAGGAAGAACAUGUAACCAGAAGAGAUGCAGACCAAGAUUGUGAAAGUUCUCCCGAUACACAGAGGACAGCAAUUACACAUGCAAUAAUGCAGACGACACAAAUGACACAGCAUGAAGAAUCUCAGACAAUCAAUAUUACUUUUAAUUCAGAAAGUGGAAUCACAAAUACACAAGACCAAGAUUGUGAAAGUUCUUCCAAUACACAGAGGACAACAGUUACACAUGCAAUAAUGCAGACGACAUAAAUGACACAG